AUGCAGUGUGAUGUUCCUGGUAACCUAAGCCACAAAGAGGAGGAAUCCUGGCAGUUCCUUGUGCAUGCAGGUGGAUAUAACCCACACUGUAUAUUUUUAUAUUUUCUGGAAAAGAUUGCAUUUGAUUCCACAGUACUUCUAGAUUUUCUGAUUUCAUCAGAAACUUGCUUUCUGGAGUACUUGGUCAGGUACUUGAAGCUCCUUGGGAUGGAGUGGCCUCACUUUGUAGAGGUCUGUAACCAUUUCGAUACCAGGCCCAGCACUUUGCACGCAGUUGGUUCUGUCAAGCAGAGCUGCGUGACUGGGGCGAGUUUGCAAAGUGCUGUUUGUUCAGCAGAGCCACGGAGUGCGAUGGCUUCGGCUCCCCACAAUUGCCCGGUGUUUACAGCUCGGCACGGUGAUAAUGAGGCUGCAGAGUGGAGCCAGUCUGACUCACUGACCAGCGCUGAUAGCGCGUCCCUGCUCGGUUCUCUUCAAAGCCUGGUUAAUUAUGACAGCUCAGAGGACUCGGAGGUGGAAUCCGAUGGAAAAGAGUGUUUGGUAAACACAAAGCAAUUGCAUUCAAACAAUGAGGGUGAGGCGAGGAGGAGGGAAACAAGUUGCAGCUGCAGAGAUGAUGACCGGAAUUCACGCACCUCUGAAGUGUCGCCUCCGAAACUGAAGGGAUCCUCUGCCUCAUCCUGUUGGACUCGUAUGGCAUCUCCAGAUAACAUUGCUCCCCUAAGAGUAAUGCUUUACAAAUCAACAAAGUGUCUGGAAGAGCUGCAGGAGGCUAUUUCUAGGUUGCAGAGGAGAAGUCUUUUCCCAUAUAAUCCAUCUGCGUUGUUGAAACUGCUGAGCCAGGUUGAGAAGAUGAAUAAAUCCAUGAAUCCACAAUAAUCCAAAGUGUUCUUGUGGGGUUUUUUUAAACAAGUUCACCGGGGAAUAUUUCCAUGAGAUUAAUGACUUGUUGCCUCAUGCCUCUUGCACCAGUCAGUGCGUUUAACCUCAGGCAGGGUGAACAUGGAUUUGGUUGGAACCCUAAAAUCUGGGAUUGCAUCCAGUGAUAUGAUCCAUGACCUGAGGGGCCUAAGCUCAUUCAUGGUGUGUAUGUCAAUGUACAGUAAAUAAGGAUUAGUUGUUGGAUUUUCAACUUUUUGUAAUAAAUAACUCAUGUGAAAGCAUUUCAAAAAUAUAUGCUAAAGUAUUGUCAA